AUGGCGUCAGACAUCCCCAAAGUUGUGCCGUUGACCUGCCACGGACACUCACGUCCCGUGCCGCAUAUCAACUUCUCAUCCACUGUCGAGGAUGAUCAGUACUACCUAAUCUCUGCCUGCAAAGACAACAAUCCCAUGUUGCGUGAUGGUAUAACAGGUGACUGGAUUGGAACCUUCCUCGGCCACAAGGGCGCGGUAUGGCAAGCCCGUCUCUCGACAGAUGCGAAUUUGGCAGCAACCGCAGCUGCGGACUUCUCCGCCAAAAUCUGGGACACUCACACUGGCGAAUGCAAACACACCCUCCAGCACUCGCACAUCUGUCGUGCAGUAGCGUUUCCCAUCCAGCCUUCCCCCCAGGUCGUCGCAACAGGUGGUUUCGAGAAGAAGCUCCGCAUUUUCGACCUCACUCGCAGUGGGGGCAGUAACAGCUCCUCACCGACAAGUGCCACCCCCAACAACGACGCCAGUCCUUCCGCGGUAACAAGCUACGAGAUUGGCCCCGGGGUUCACGGCGGCACCAUCAAAUCGAUUGUCUGGAAUCAGGACUACAACAUCCUUACGACCGCCGCGGAAGACCGCAAAAUCAGAUGGUGGGAUCUUCGCUCGCGCCACCCAGUCGUCGAAUACGCCGUAGAAGGUACCAUCGGGAGUUGCGAACUUAAUUCCCUCGCCGUCAGACCUAACGACGCCGGAAUUCUUACCGUCGCGGCCGGCAGAUCCGUUUAUCUAUUCGACGGACUAAGCCCCGGUCGUCUCCUGAAGAAGAUCGAUUUCCGCUAUGAGGUCGCCAGUGCAGCGGUCAACAAUGAAACAAGCAGGUUGGUCACAGGUAGUGCCGAGGAUACCUGGGCGAGAGUUUAUGACGUCCGCACGGAGGAAGAGCUGGGUACGUUUCAUCCCCAUUUCAACCCCACAUUAUCCAUUGCUGUUCACUUCGAUGUGGCUAACAAUCCACCGCAGAGGUUCAAAAAGGCCAUCACGGCCCGAUCUGGUCUGUCAGUUUCUCGCCUGACGGCAAACUGUAUGGUACAGGAAGCGAGGAUGGAACGAUCAAGUUGUGGAAGGCUUGCAGGGAGCCGUAUGGCCUCUGGCGGUGAUGGAACGAAGAGCGGGAGGCCAUCUACUCACAUAUUGAUAUGUACAAAAACGACAAAUAACACGAAAGCGAUCCUUCCAUCUGCCGAGCUGUGGUGGCACGGAUCUGCUUAUACACUACGCAGUUGCGGCUGCACACUUCUAACCUUGAGAUAA